CCAUAGCAGUUGUCGCCAGCAGAAAUGCAGUGGGAGAGCCUGGAUGCCUGAAUUCCGUCAGAGCUGCCACCUCCGCUGAUCCUGGCGUGGAUAUGCACGUCAAGUGUGAAACGCGAACGACCAUCUGAGGCACGGCACGUCGACCGCGUCAGCCAGAACAACAUUGUCGCCCCUCCUCCACCCACCACUAUCUGCCCACUGUCCGCCGACAACGACAUGGUCACAGCGCCGUCACAUCCCGGUCUCAAUGCAUACCGACGUGCUCGUAGCUAGAGCCUGUCCCACUACCAAUGACGGCCCUCGAUGACACUCCCACCCAAUCGCGCCAACGGGCCCUCCGGAGGCACCACCAAUAAUGCACUCAUUCCGCCCUCGCGCUCCGCUAAAGAUGGAGGUAGUCUGGCCGCGAGCUUCGUCACUGCGAAGCCUUCCCAGUCUUAUAUCCGACCCGGUAUUGCUGCUGGGCCGGGCAGCUUCACGGCCGAUCUGAAGUCUUUCAACACCAGCAGAUUGGAUCUUAAUGCAUACGGCAACCUUGAUGAUGGAACAACAGACCCCACGAGCAGCGAGCAGCGACAGGCUGAGUACAGGCAGGAAAUCGAGAAGCAGACGCGGCUGAAGGCAGGGACCGAGAACUUGCUCGAAGCACUGAACAGCAAAAAUGCCAAAAAGUCAAGAGAUCAGCGUAUGGCUGCCGAGAGCCAGCUCAAUAGCUCCAACAGGAAGAUUGCCCAGCUCAAGUUGGACCUCGAGGCCGAGAUUCAGAGGAGUAAAGAAGCUCCCAUCAGUCCCAAGGCGAGACUGUCGCAGCUGUUCCGUCCAGUCCAGCCUCUGUCUCUGAACGAUCCCAGACCUUCUCAGGAUCUGGAAGAGUCCGCUGCGGAACUUCAGGACCCGGAGCUGGAGUCGCCAACAUACAUCUUGGCAGAGAUUCUGCAGGCUUUAGAGGCAGAGGAUAUGCAGCCAGACUAUUAUAUCAACCAGGCUAACGACCUGGUCGAGCUAUUUCGGCGGCAUCCAACUCUCAAGUACGACCUGGCUUGGUCCAUCUUUGGUAUGCGAAUGCAAAUCAUGUUGCUCAGCGACAGCAGAGAAGUCGUCGCUGCAGGGUACAGAGUGAUGAGGUAUGCGAUCACGAAUCGCAAAUCUUUGCAGACGAUACGCGCGCUCCAUACAGACUAUCUCGUCAUUUUGUCACUGGUCAAGGAGAGCAAAGCCCGCGUGGAGCGGGAACAAGCCCUCAAAUUCAUCCGCGCAUUUCUCGAUGUUAAGGACGGAACGAAGGAGAUCCAUCCGGCCGUCGCGCGCAUCGUUGUCGCAGUCGCAGACCAUUCAGACGAUCAGCUACGCGGCAUAGCAAUCUUGACGCUGGCAGAAAUGCUGCUGAAAGAGCCAAUGCUGGUCGUCGAGGCAGGCGGUAUCAGCGUAAUUGCAGAGGCAAUGGGUAAUGGAGUAUACCAUGCACCAGAGACUCUGCUCGGGCCCCUCCUCCAUCUGAUGGACCUCCCAGCUCGAAGAGGAGUCAUUCGCUCUGGCUUUGAAUUCAGUUCAGCGUUUGCAACCUUCACCGAGCCACAUUUCUCUAGUUCCUACGAGGAUCGCUUGAUCGCCAGCUCGAGGGUAAUCGCUGCGAUGUUCAAGAGCUGGGCUGGCCUCAUGAGUCUUUCUCUUCAUAAUUUCCUGCCUGUCCGAUCAGUCGUCUCCUCGCUGUACGUGGCCGAUAUCCGCGUGCGCACGGCCAUCCUCGAUCUGCUCAUGGACAUUCUUCGCAUUGAGCGGCGGUCAUGGUCGACACCAUUCAUCGGUGGUCGGCGCUUGACGACUUAUGCACGUGUGGUGAACCUCAAAGAGGACAAGCCGAAGACCUCCAAGCAGAAUGACGAAGAUACCAAUCAGAAACGCAGUCUUGUUCAACACUUUACUGCUGUUACGCUCGCUGCACUUCUCCAGCAUGGCCUUCUUCAAGGUCUUGUCAGCGCAGAGCGCGACGCGCCCUCGGACGCGUUGAAGCGUAGAACAAACCUCCUCAUUGCAGAAGUGCUGAAGAAAGCGAGCGAGUUACUGCCCUCAUCUUGGAACGCGCAGCUUCAAUCCAUGCCCGGCUUGUUCGACUCGGCUUUGAAGUUCGACAAUGAGGAUCGACACCUAGCUGUGACCACAGUCUAUCAAGUGGAUAAGGUCAACUUGAAGCUGUGGCGCUCAGAUCCAUCAACGACAACUCAGUCGAAGAAAGACGAGACUCAAGAUACACGAGCGAGAUCUGCGUCAAAGACCCAAGUGCAGGCCAAUAUGGACGAAGCGUUGUUCCGCGCCAGGCUGCUCGAGACUAACGUUCUCAACACCGUCAACUACCUUAAGUGGGACUGGAACAUCAUUCUGGAACUGGUCGAUGCGCCGCUUACCAAUCCCCGUCUCUUGUACGAAGCGAUGGAAAAGUCGAAAUUUGUACAUCGCUUGCUUAAGUUCUUGCGACCAUUUCAGUUUCGCUUCUCAGAUGCGUCGAAUACAAAGGCAAACCAGCGGUAUCUCAAGAUGGCGUGCACGCUCGUCAAGUCGCUGCUCCAAACGCAAGAAGGAGCGGUAUGGUUGUUGAAUAAUAAGACGAUUCGACAGCUUGCCGAGUGCCUAGCACAACUGGACUCGCAGAGCGGCAUCACAUCUAAUAGUCCCAUGUUCUCGCCAAAUCGGUUGAGUGAGACCCUCGUGGGAGGCUACUUCCAGAUACUCGGCGUCAUGUGCAGUGACCCCAAAGGCCUGGGAAUCCUCGAGAAGUGGCACAUGAUCAACAUGCUUUAUCAUAUUGUUGAGGUCAAGAAUCGGGAUGAUUUGAUUCGCACAUUGCUCACCAGCCUGGAUUAUGCGCUCGACAGUCACCCGAGAAUUAUUCUCUGCAAGGCCAUGAUUGCAGGUUCUAAGCACAUCCGCAUCAUGGCAACCACACUUUUGCGUUCAUACGCAACCACACCCAUCGAAGACUCGGGAAUAGGUGGCUCUGCAGCAGAGUGGGCGAUACGUUUGCUGGUCAGUCAGCUGUACGACCCUGAGAUCGAAGUCUGUGAGGUUGCUAUCAAGAUUCUGGAAGAAGCUUGCAAUGACAUCAGGUCGUUGAAGUAUGUGGUCAAGUGCAGACCUGCGCUGGAUCAUCUGGGCGAGAUUGGCGCGCCACUGCUGCUGCGCUUUUUGUCCACAUCCGUCGGAUACCACUAUCUAGAUGGCUUGGACUACAUUACUCGCGAAAUGGAUGACUGGUUCCUAGGGCGCAAUGAUAGCUAUGUGGCGGUUGUCGAAGCAUCACUGGCUCGCGCUCUCGCGGAUGUGCCAGAGAAGCCUCAGUCGUCCGGUCUUGGCGAAGCGAUAGUGCCCCAGGACUUUGGAUAUGUGCCGCCACACUUCUACCGCGAGCUGACCAGAACCGUCGAGGGUGCAGAGCUUCUCAAGCACAAAGGCCAUUUCGAGGAAUUUGCAGCCACAAUUCAAGACUUUGCCAUGGAAGAAGAGGAUCCAGAAACUAUCCUCAAAGUGAAAGGCUGUCUGUGGGCUGUCGGGAACGUGGGCAGUAUGGAACUGGGCGCGCCAUUCCUGGAAAGCACAGAUGUGGUGAAAUAUAUCGUGCAGAUUGCCGAGAACUCGCAGGUACUUACAUUGCGCGGCACUGCUUUCUUCGUCCUCGGGCUCAUCUCACGCAGCCUUCAUGGACAAGAAAUCCUGGCCGAAUACGGAUGGGAUGGCACUAUGAAUGUCAUGGGUGAAUCUCUGGGCUACGUGCUUCCCAUCAAUUUCGACAAGUUGUUUUCUUCCUUGCGGUCGGUUUCUGAUACUCCAGCAUCAUCAUCAAAUUAUCAGCAGACCUCGCCCGCGCUGCGUAAUCGUCCGGGUCAAAUUUCCGAUCGCGAUCCAACCAACCAGGCCAUUCUCGACGCUAUCACGAAGCUUGGAAACACAGUUCUCACCAACAAGGCUAUCACGGAGCUGAAUUCGCUAAAGCAUACCAAGAAAGCUCCCGCAUUCAGCAACAGCCCAGACCUGUUCCGCAAGGUCAUGAUACUGCUGGCGAGCCAUGCGUACCGAAUCCCACAGUACCGCUUUGUCAUUGAUCUGUUUGAGAAGAGCGUGCUGAGGAGGAUUGUCCUGGCAGAGGAGGGUAGUGAGGAUAGCAGUAGCGAAGAAAGCGAGACAGAUCGGAGUGGUGAUGUGCACGACAAUGGUCCCGAGGGAGACACAUCAAGGGAUGAUGACGAUGAGGAUGAGGACGAUGAUGCUUGAUUGGGGCUCAUGUAUACGGGCACGGCGUUCUUGUGGCGUUUCAGUGCCGAGAGUGAACAUGGUGUUCAAAUGAAUGCAAUGGAAUACGAUAUACCCCUCUGUGGGAUGGGUUUGGCGUUAUUGAAGGGGCCAUGAUCGAUCUUCUUGGGGCCAAAGUGGGGAAGGGAUGGCUAUCUUCUUCGGUGCUGGCGCCGGCGCAGUUGUACAUAUUGGAUCAAAGAAGAAGAGCAUUUGGCAGAUGUGUUAUUGCAUUCGAAGCACG